AUGGUCAGAGCGUUGAGCUCUGUAUUUGUCGAUGUGCUGGUCAACGGGAAGCCGUGCGACUGCGACGUCAUCGCCGACUGCAAAGUGGGCGAGGCCAUCACCCUGGAGAUCAAACUGACCAACCUCAGCAAGAACUCGGUGGGGCCGCUGGCGCUGACCGUGCUGCCCUAUCAGGACUACCAGAACGGCGUCCAGAACUACGACCUGGACGAAGCGGUCACCUUCAUUGGCUCCAGCACUUUCUACAUAGACACAGUUAAAUCCAAAGAGAGUUCUGUGUGCGAGGGCGCCCUCCUUUUCCUCUACACGGGAGAUUUUGAUUUAAAUAUCAAGUUCCAAGAUGACAGUACUCGACGAGAGCUUCCUCUAGCCUGGUUCACUCUGCCCAGCGUGCACAUAAGAGCCGUGGAUCCUCUGCUGCAAGCGGGGGCCUAG